UUGGAUUCUGUUGAACAGCAACGUGAAAAGGAACGACAACUUGAGCACGAAGUGGACCGACUCCGCAGUGAGGCGCUAGCUCGAGAAGAAAGAGUUACUGAUAUUGAGAAAGAACUGCAUGCGCUUCGUAAAUACAAGGAGACCAACGAUGUUGAGGCGUUGAAUAUGGAUUUGCGUAUUAUGCGAGAGAAGAUGGUUCAUCUGGAAGAGUCGUUAGCGGCGGAAAAUAAGCUGAAACAAGAAUUGUUUCGCGCUCUUGGUGACGCCAAGGCUAACAACGCUCAUCUUCAGAGCCAACUUCGCGCGUUUGAAAUCACAUCCGGUAUGCCGUUAUCGGUAUCUGUGGCUCGUCCACCAUCUGCUUCACUAGGGCAAUCGGAGAAGGUUUCACCGCAGCAACAGCCACAGCAGCCACAAUCACAGCAACAGCCUCCACAUAACAUCGCCGCGUAUCAGUUGCCGAUCAGUCAAGCGCAGAAAAUGGACUCAAACAUGUCGACCACUACACACAUGGGUGUUCCUUACGGAAAUCUGUGA